AUGUCUUAUAAAGGCUUUAUAAACUGUAACAGUCGUGUCUCCAAAGAAGAGCAGGAGUUUUAUGAUUUAAAAAAUAAAGCUGCUGAAUAUUAUAGGGCAAACGGCGUCCCACAGAAGAUGGAGGGUGUCCUGAACGACAUGUUCUUUGAUAAGCCCGAUGAUAUUUACGGUUACCUGGUAUGACUGCCAAUGUAUUGAUUCCUGAACUGCUGACCAACAUAUUAGCAUGCUUGCUAUCUAGCUAGCUAAGUGAAUGUUAAGUUAAUCAGCUAACUUACUGGAGCCAGAAGUCAUGUGUAAAUGCGGGCAAGUGUUUGGGUGCUGAAAUGCGUAGUUUUUGAUAAAAACUCAAUUUUAUGUGAUGUCGGAGCUCAAGUCUGCCCUAGUAGUGGCUGCUCAACUCCAUCGUAAAUCGUGGAGUUGAGUUUAGUCAGAUAGCUAAGUUAGCUUCUGUAGCUGACUCAAGGGUAACGUUAUUUAGUCUUAGCUUACCUUGUAAAACAAAACACAGCUAUCAAACGUUAGCUAGCCAAAAUUAAUCGAUGUUGGCUCUAGCCGAGCACUAGUGUUAGUUAACCCGAUUUGCUAAUCAUCUGAUGACCAAAUCAUGCCCUUGAUUAGGCCUAGUUGAAUCAGUAACGUUAAUCCUGCUGGGCUGUGGCAGUGCAGUGCACCGGCUGGUGUCCAGGUUGUUGUUUCUUUCUGCUGUGAUUAUUAAAAGUUUUAUGACAUUUUCUAGGCAAAUUACUUCUCAAAAUUCUCAACGCCACCUGUGAUAAGCAGACUAUUGGGGAAAGAAAUGUAUGAUGGAAAGGGUCAACUAUCCAUCCAGGCACAGGUCCUCUGCAUCAUUAAAAACGAAGAAAAGGUAAGUUCAUUAGCAAGCUAGCUAGCGAGUUCUGUUUUCCUUGUACUAGGUUCUUUUCAGUUUUGUGCAUCCUCUCCUUGUUGGAAAUUGAAGUAGCCGACUCACUUCCCAAAUGUUCAAUUCAUAUAGCCAAAUGUGUGAUCAAUUUGUGUAGAGGUUGCAAUAGGCAGUGGUGGAAAAAGUACCCAAUCGUCAUACAUGAGUAAAAGUGAAGAUGCCUUAAUAGAAAAUGACUCAAGUAAAAGUGAAAGUCACCUUGUAAAAUCUUACUUGAAUAAAAAUAUAAAAGUAUUUGGUUUUAAAUAUACAUAAGGAUCAAAAGUACAAUAUACUUAAGUAUCUUAAGUAAAAGUAAAAGUAUAAAUCAUUUCAAAUUCCUUAUAUUAAGCAAACCAGACUGCACCAUUUUCUUGUUUUUAUUUGUUUACAGAUAGCCAGGGGCACACUCCAACACAUCAUUUACAAAUUAAGCAUGUGUUUAGUUGAUCAGCCAGAUCAGACACAGUAGGGAUGACCAGGGAUGUUCUCUUGAUAAUAAGUGUGUGAAUUCGACAAUUUUCUGUCCUGCUAAUCAUUGGAAUUUGAGACAUAACAGUAUAGUAAUGUUUGACAUGACAGUAUCGGGGCUCUUCAGCCAUACAGGGAACGCUAAUGUGAAGAGGCAGCUGGGGAAACAAGCAGGCUAGGAGGGUAGUGAUCAGAGGACAGCCACUGACCCCUGCCCCUUGCCAUUUCAGUUUUUCAGUAUUUUAGGCUGGGGAAGUGAGAUGUGACUCCAUGAAUUGAGGGCAGAGCAAGGCUACCAAAGAAACAUAAUCAUGAACUAUCAGUUCUUACUAACAGUUGCCUCUACAAAGCCUGGGUAUUAAUUUACAUCAGACUGUGCUGAGGCCAGCAGUUUUAUACUGAACAAAAAUAUAAAUGCAACAUGCAACAAUUUCAAAGAUUUGAUUGAGUUACAGUUCAUAGAAGGAAAUCAGUCAAUUCAAAUAAAUUAAUUAGGCCCUAAUCUAUGGAUUUCACAUGUAAUAAUAAUAAUAAUAAUAAUAAUAAUAAUAAUAAUAUGCCAUUUAGCAGACACUUUUAUCCAAAGCGACUUACAGUCAUGCUUGCAUACAUUUUUUUUUUGUGUAUGGGUGGUCCCGGACUGGGCAGGGGUGCAGCCAUUGGUGGGCCUGGGAGGGCAUAGGCCCACCCACUGGGAAGCCAGGCCCAGCCAAUCAGAAGUAGUCUUUCCCCACAAAAGGGCUUUAUUACAGACAGAAAUACUCCUCAGCACCCCCCCCCCCCCCCUCCCCCUCCUCAGACGAUCCCGCAGGUCCUGGCCCGGCGUGGUUACACGUGGUCUGCGGUUGUGAGGCCGGUUUGAUGUACUGCCAAAUUCUCUAAAACUACGUUGGAGUCGGCUUAUGGUAGAGAAAUGAACAUUAAAUUAUCUGGCAACAGCUCUGUUAGACAUUCCUGCAGUCAGCAUGCCAAUUGCACACUCCCUCAAAACUUGAGACAUCUGUGGCAUUGUGUUGUGUGACACAACUCCACAUUUUAGAGUGGCCUUUUAUUGUCCCCAGCACAAAGUGCACCUGUGUAAUGAUUAUGCUGUUUAAUCAGCUUCUUGCUGAUAUGCCACACCUAUCAGGUGGAUGGAUUAUCUUGGAAAAGGAGAAACACUUUACAUGUUGCGUUUAUAUUUUGUUCAGUAUAGAUCCGACACAGAAACCCUCUCUCACAGUCAACAGAGAAAAAACUUGGCGUAAGGGACAUAGUAGUGGCUUUAGCAGCCUUUAGAGUGAUGCUCUUGGAUUAUUACCAUGCCCAUUUGGCAGAUACAGUGAGAUGGCUGAUGGUAAUUUGCCAUAACAGGGAACAGCGAGGCUAAUGGUUAACCUAAAGGGAGAGAGAGAGCGAGAGAGGAGAGUGGAUAUUAACUCAGAUAGUCCACCUUCUAACCAUGCUGCUGGCUUCAGGUCAGUGGGAGGUGCCUGUGUCAGCGCUGCCUGCUUCAGUACUCAUCACAGUCUGGGACCGCUCUAAGAUGGCAGCCGAGGCAGAGGGAGGCACAAAUCCAAAUCCUUUACUUUCCCGCUUCAGUGCAACAUUUGAAUUGUUUCACACAUUGGGCCAUGUUAAAUCAGUGCAGAGUGCAAUGCUUUUGACUUCAGCUGUUUUUGAUUGACUUAUUACACAGUGACACUUAGGUUAAACCAAAACAAAUCUCUAUUGUUUGUUGACAUUGGGCCCGAUUCAGACUUAGGAAAUGUAUGCCUUUCAUACGCCUUUCUUUCAUACUUCUUAGUAGUUGGUAUUCAGACUUACCUUGUGAAAGUGCAUAAAGGGCUUUGCAGGCGUGGUUCCCUUGCGCGUGCUGUAUAAAUGUAAUUCAACUGCUGAAAACCCUCCCGCUUACUGGACAACAGAUGUUCUCAUGGAGUUUUCAUUCAAUAGGGUUUUCAGUGCAUUUAUCUAAAGCCAUCCGUUUAAAUUUUUUGGAAAGACCCACAUAUAAUGGUGCCGGAGGAGAUGGCUGCCGUUUUACGGGCUCCUAACCAAUUAUGCUAUUGUGUUUGUUUUUUUGCGUUAUUUGUAACUUAUUUUGUACAUAAUGUAUUUGCCACCGUAUCUUAUGAUCGAAAAGAGCUUCUGGAUAUCAGGACAGCGAUUACUCACCUCGUACUGGACGAAGAUUUUUUCUUUAACGAGUCGGACGCAAAGGAUUUAAUUCAGACACCAGACAAGGCCCAAAUCCCUGUCAUUCGCAUGAAGAAGAGACGGAGAUAUCAGGGACUUUGGUCGGGGUGCCUUGUAAGGAUCCGACGGCAAGUGGGUAAUCUGCCUCUACCAUCAGUCCUAUUAACCAACGUACAAUCUUUGGAUAAUAAAAUGGAUGACCUCCGAUCAAUAAUAUCCUACCAACGGGAAUUAAAAAACUGUAAUAUCUUAUGUUUCACCGUGUCGUGGCUGAACGACGACAUUGAUAACAUAGAGCUGACGGGGUUUUCGGUGCAUCGGCAAGAUAGAACAGGUGCCUCCGGUAAGACAAGGGCUGGCGGUCUGUGUAUAUUUGUAAAUAACAGCUGGUGUACAAAAUCUAAUAUUAAGGAAGUCUCAAGGUUUUGCCUGCCUGAGUUAGAGUAUCUCGUGAUAAGCUGUAGACCACACUAUUUACCAAGAGAGUUUUCAUCUAUAUUUUUCGUAGCUGUCUAUUUACCACCACAAAGGCCAUAAGCAAACAAGAAAAUGCUCAUCCAGAGGCGGCGCUCCUAGUGGCCAGGGGCGUUAAUGCAGGGAAACUUUUACCUAAUUUCUACCAGCAUGUUAAAUGUGCAACCAGAGGGGAAAAAACUCUAGACCCCCUUUACUCCUCACACAGAGACGCGUACAAAGCUCUCCCUCGCCCUCCAUUUGACAAAUCUGACCAUAAUUCUGUCCUCCUGAUUCCUGCUUACAAGUAAAAACUAAAGCAGGAAGUACCAGUGACUCAGUUAAUAAGGAAGUGGUCAGAUGACGCAGAUGCUAAGCUACAGGACUGUUUUGCUAGCACAGACUGGAAUAUGUUCCGGGAUUCUUCCGAUGGCAUUGAGGAGAACACCACAUCAGUCACUGGCUUCAUCAAUAAGUGCAUCGGUGACGUCGUCCCCACAGUGAGCGUAUGUACAUACCCCAACCAGAAGCCAUGGAUUACAGGCAACAUCUGCACUGAGCUAAAGGGGAGAGCUGCCACUUUCAAGGAGUGGGACUCUAACCCGGACGCUUAUAAGAAAUCCUGCUAUGCCCUCCGACGAACCAUCAAACAGUUAAAGCGUCAAUACAGGACUAAGAUUGAAUCGUACCACACCGGCUCCGACGCUCGUCGGAUGUGGCAGGGCUUGCAAACUAUUACGGACUACAAAGGGACGCACAGCCGCGAGCUGCCCAGUGACACAAGCCUACCAGACGAGCUAAAUUACUUCUGUGCUCGCUUCGAGGCAAGCAACACUGAAGCAUGCAUGAGAGCAUCAGCUGUUUCAGAUGACUGUGUGAUCACGCUCUCCGUAGCCGAUGUGAGUAAGACAUUUAAACAGGUCAACAUUCACAAGGCCGCAGGGCCAGACGGAUUACCAGGACGUGUACUCCGAGCAUGCGCUGACCAACUAGUAAGUGUCUUCACUGACAUUUUCAACCUGUCCUUGACUGAGUCUGUAAUACCAACAUGUUUCAAGCAGACCACCAUAGUCCCUGUGCCCAAGAACACUAAGGUAACCUGCCUAAAUGACUACUGACCCGUAGCAUUCACGUCUGUAGCCAUGAAGUGCUUUGAAAGGCUGGUCAUGGCUCACAUCAACACCAUUAUCCCAGAAACCCUAGACCCUCUUCAAUUUGCAUACCUCACCAACAGAUCCACAGAUGAUGCAAUCUCUAUUGCACUCCACACUGCCCUUUCCCACCUGGACAAAAGGAACACCUACGUGAGAAUGCUAUUAAUUGACUACAGCUCAGUUUUCAACACCAUAGUGCCCUCAAAGCUCAUCACUAAGCUAAGGACCCUGGGACUAAACACCUCUCUCUGCAACUGGAUCCUGGACUUCCUGAUGGGCCGCCCCCAGGUGGUAAUGGUAGGUAACAACACAUCUGCCACGCUGAUCCUCAACACGGAGGCCCCUCAGGGGUGUGUGCUCAGUCCCCUCCUGUACUCCCUGUUCACCCAUGACUGCAUGGCCAAGCACGACUCCAACACCAUCAUUAAGUUUGCCGACGACACAACAGUGGUAGGCCUGAUCACCGACAACGAUGAGACAGCCUAUAGGGAGGAGGUCAGAGACCAGGCCGUGUGGUGCCAGGAUAACAACCUCUCCCUCAAGGUGAUCAAGACAAAGGAGAUGAUUGUGAACUACAAGACAUGGAGGACCGAGCACACCCCCAUUCUCAUCGACAGGGCUGUAGUGGAGCAGGUUGAGUAUUUCAAGUUCUUUGGUGUCCACAAAAUAUCAUGGUCCAAACACACCAAGACAGUCAUGAAGAGGGCACGACAAAGCCUAUUCCCCCUCAGGAGACUGAAAAGAUUUGACAUGGCUCCUCAGAUCCUCAAAAAGUUAUACAGCUGCACCAUCAAGAGCAUCCUGACUGGUUGCAUCACCGCCUGGUAUGGUAACUGCUCGGCCUCCGACCGCAAGGCACUACAGAGGGUAGUAUGUAAGGCCCAGUACAUCACUGGGGCCAAGCUUCCUGCCAUCCAGGACCUCUAUACCAGGCUGUGUCAGAGGAAGGCCCUAAAAAUUGCCAAAGACUCCAGCCUAUGCAUAGUCACUUUACCUCUAUCCACAUAUACAUAUUACCUCAAUUACCUCGACUAACCUGUGCCCCCGCAGGUACAGGUACCCCCUGUACCCCCUUACUGCUGCUCUUUAAUUAUUAUUAUAUAUAUAUAUAUAUUUUUUACUUAUAUAUUUUUUACUUAACACUUACUUUUCUUAAAACUGCAUUGUUGGUUAAGGGCUUGUAAGUAAGCAUUUCACUGUAAGCUCUACACCUGUUGUAUUCGGCACGUGACAAAUACAAUUUGAUUUGAUUUAGAAAAUAUGUAGAGAACGGUUCAGAAUAUUAGGGAUCAUAUUAAGAAAAGCCAUGUAUGCCUAAAUACAUGCAUAUUCGUCUCCUUUUCAGCACCAAUUGGUAGAUAAAAAAAUACUCUGAUCUAUAUUAUUGAAGGUUAGGAAAGUAUUCAUGAAUAAUAAUAAAAAACAGGUUUGGACAGCCUUUAUGCACAAAAUAUAUUGGUGAAUCAAAAAACGGUGUUUCGAUUCAUCCUGAAAGUUGCCAUAUUCAAUUGUUCAACCAUGAAAUAUUGGAAGGUGAGAAAAGUGUACAAGAGGGGUUGAACAGUAGCCCUAUAAAUCUACCCUAAUAAUCCUCACUAAUCAUGGAACUGUGAUGACAACGGUCCAGUCGACGUGAACUGUGUGCCCCAGGCUCCAGGUUUAAACUGCUAUGUAUGGUCUGCGUUCCAUAAUGAUUCAAAUAGGCUACAUGUCCCAAAUUAUUGCACAAUUUGUAAUACGUUAGUCUAAUAUGAUCCACUAUUGCUAGCGAUCCUCAGGAACUACCACACGAACAUGAAUGAGGAAAGAAAGGUAAACUAACGAUGUAAUGAAAUGAUGCAAAAUGUAAGGAAACUAACACUAAAGUGACAGUUAUAAAUGUAUGUGGGUAUAACUGACGGUGGCUACCGAUAGUGGCUAAUAUUUAACACGAUACAAAUUGUAAAGCAUACAGUGAAAAGUCAGGGCAUAUAAUUAAAACCUUCUAGAAAUCAUAAAUCAACUCGGUAGGUUUGGCGCUAUACGGUAAUUUGCGCAUGGCUACAGAAGCAUAUAGCUUGUGUCUCCAAACUUCAUCUUUGCAAGUUAUAAGGCCAGCAUUUCAUAAAAUUCACAGUGGAAAAGGUAAUAUGUUGAUAUGCUUCAGUUUGCUGCCAUAUGACUGGUUUCACAUUUAUCUCCAGCGAUCAUAAGAUAGGCCUAAAAUAGAUCUAAAACAAUUGUCAUUUAUAUUUACAAUCCCAUUAUCCAAACGGCUUACUCAUUCACCUAGCUCUUUUCAAGAGCUGUUAUCAAUUUGUAAAUUACAGUUCAUGGAGAAUGGUGUUAUUUCUAAAUGGAAAAGGUGGAGGUAUCUGUAGACACAUCUCCGCCACACCUUCAUUUAUUUGAUCUCCACCCCAAAUGAAUAGCUGGUGUUAGCAUGCUAUUCUCAUGCUUAAGUUCAAGGUCAGAAGCAUGGAGAUAAAAGUGUAUAAAAAAGGAACUACGUUCCAUUUACGCACGCUUAACUCGGGUCGGAAUUCCCCCCCAUAUGAAUAGACAUAUGAUAAUCAUUUGUUGGUAUUGGAGGAGUGACCAUAGUGCAAUUUUUUUAAAAUAUCACUAUGGAAGUGACAUUCAGAACUUUAUGGUUUCCAUGUGAUGUUGGCACAAGGAUUGAGUAAAGUCUCUGUUCAUUAUGGUAAAAGUUGUUACAGACCGUUACUGUAUAUCAUGGUAUCCCUAGGACUAUUGUAGAUUAUGUAGUAGACAGCAUCAUCAUUCUUCUAAAAGGCGUCAUAGUAGGUUUUGCCUCACUGUCCACCCAUUGCUUUUUCUUGCUAAAAUGUCCCCCUUGUCUUUGUGUUUAGACAACAUGUUCUGCGGUGAUAUCAAGCCACAGUGAGGUCCUCGACAACAGUUUCCAGGACCCAAGUGGUGUGACCAAUAUCAACAAUGAUAAGAGGAGGGAUUCUGUGAUGGCCGCUCUCCACUGGAUCGAUGAAUCACUGAACACAAUCCUAAAGGGCUCUGAUCCCUGCGACCAGACAGGAGUGGAUAAAAUACUUAGGUACGCAUCCUCUCUAAAGUUCUGUGCACAGAUAUGUUUGUGAAACAAGUAGUUGUCAAUACUGAAAGUCAAGAUAUUGGUGAUUAAUGAUUAUCAGAUAUUAUUAGCAGACUGCAGAAAUAUUUUUUUACAGGUAUUGUUGGAUAUUUAACUAAUAACUAUAAAAACAAGCUUGCCGAAAUACCCCCAGGUCUAUUAAAUUAAGUCAAGGUCAAUGUUUGAUGAAUCAUAGCAUAAUCAAAACAGAGUUAGUCUAGACCAGGGGUGUCAAACUCAAUCAGCGCACGGGCCAUAUUGAAAAAUCUAAUCAAAAAUAUUGACCCUAAUAAAAACGUUUUUAAUAACUCCAAAUAACAAAAACGUAUCUAGGUUGUAACAUUUAAACUUAAAAUAUGUUUGUCAUUUUUUGGCACUGCAUGGAUCACAGGUGCGGUUGAAUGCAGCAUUGCUAUAUGGUGCACUCAGAAUGUCUUGUAGUUGAGUAGCAACAUUUUAGUAGCCUAGCUAGGACUGUGUACACUUUCCCUCUGCUGCGCGUUGUAAACCGGUCACACAUGAAAGCAGCGCAAAUGACAUUGAAUUCACCCAAUGCAAGUGCAUCAGGCUGUAAUUUCAUAAAGUAGAUGACUCAACUGUUUACAUAUUUAUACUCGCUGUGUGUCCUAUUGUCCUUCCGCGUGUGUGUGAAUCCUUUAUCUUUUAACUUUUUGACAACCAAGAUGACAUUUUCUGUAGGCUACAGCAAUGACCCGUUAGAACUGAAACUUGGCAUGAACAUUUAGCCUACAACAUGUUUAAAGUUUUGGUCCGGUAGAACAUUAGGUUGAUGGUGUGUGGGUCUGGGAGGAGGGGGGUGUGUGGAAUAUUUUUCAUCUUUGUCUCCUCAAGUUGGAUGGCAUAGCUUGUAGUGCCAAGGCUUGUAUUACAGUGCAUGCAUAUUAGAUUAUUUGUAAGACAUGGCGUUUCUCCAAGUGGCAGCAUUAGCUGUAAUGAUCACAUAAUAUGAUCUCACAGAGAUUGGCAUCCCUGGGGAGUCAUGAGGGCACUAGGUUAGAGGGAGGAGUGGUCACUGCUUAGCUUUACCCCUGACCCUAGCGCAGACUGUGCCAAGAUGCCAAAGCCUAGCAUGGCAUUGCCCUAUGCUGAACUGCUGUCGUUCUCUCCUCUUGGCAGAACUGCAAUAUCGAAUUAGAUACCCUUGCCUAAAGGGUAUUGCGUUAAUGAUACAAACAUGAAAGUCAUACAAUUUUCAGCUAGGUUGUUUCUGAAAAAGUCUUGAUUUGGUAUACACUGAGUGUACAAAACAUUAGAAACACCUUCCUAAUGUUGAGUUGCAACCCCUUUUGCCCUCAGAACAGCCAUGAUUUGGAAAGGCACACACCUGUCUAUAUAAGGUCCCAAGUUAAUAAAUAGCUUUUUGUGAAUUUUCAUUGUUGGACAUAAAAGACUAAAAACACCAGGAAAUCAGCUCCAAGUCAUUUUAAUUAGGGACAUCUGUUCCAAAGGAUUCCCACGCAUAAUAGAGAGAUACUGUAUAUGUUAUCAUAUACAAAUGUAAGCAAGGUUUGAAAUUAUUAUGUUUUUAGUCAAACAUUAUGUCUGUUUGGCAGGGCCGGUCCUGGCCAUUCUAUCCCGAGCCAGACCAAAAAAAAUGCCAAUAGUCCCAGUAAGCAAAAUGAUGUUGAAAAGACGUCUAAAAUACGUAUUUUUCCAGACGUUGAAGUUAGGUUAAAUUUAGGUUCUACAUUUACGUCAUUUAGCAGACGCUCUUAUCCAGAGCGACUUACAGGAGCAAUUAGGGUUAAGUGCCUUGCUUAAGGGCACAUCGACAGAUUUUUCACCUAGUCGGCUCGGGGAUUAGAACCAGCGACCUUUCGGUUACUGGCACAACGCUCUUACCCACUAAGCUACCUGCCGCCCUGAAUGAAAGGUGAAAAUAAGUAUUUUCCAGACGUUGAAAUCAGGUAAAUUUUCGGUUCUGAAUGAACGUUGAAAAGACUUCAUUUAUAGACAUCUAUGUUUGCGCCAAAUCAAGGCUGGAUGUCUAUGAUUGGUUCAGAUUUGUUCUGGGCCGGACCAAAAUCCAACGUCCGUGGACGUGGAAAUCAAGGCCGGUAUAUCACACACUGCAGUUGAGGAACAAUGGUAAAGUAAUUCUGCUUUGAAAGUUGAUAAACUUGUAACCCCGCUUUUGAGAAAAUGGGCCUUGAAUGUUUUGGUACACCUACUGGAGAGCCCUUCUUUGUCUACACCUAUUCAGCAUCGUUCACACCCUCUUAAGCUUUAGCCCCACCCAUCUCUUUAAGAUCAACAACCAAAAAUGUCUAAACUAAAAGUGGUGAAAGUAGUAGCCUACAAUAAGGAAAAACUCCAGGUAAAAACACUUUAUCUAGCCCUUGGCCUAUAUCAUAAUUUGACUUAAAUUUAAAGUGUCCAGAUAAAAAUAUUGUAUAAUAUUAUAUAAUUAUUAGAUGAUGCUUACCCAGACACUUGUCUAAAUUGAUGGGUAAUGUGAAAGAAAUGCUAUAACCACCCCCAGCCACAUCUAGCUAAGUGGAUGGGUCACUAUUGUCAAGACAUGUACACAUGUUCAUCAAAUACAAUAGAUGGCCGUAGUCACCCCCAGACACACCUGGUUAACUUGAUGGGUCAUGUAAUCAUUCUCUUGCCAAGUGGAGUCUUUUGUUAAGACAUGUAGCUAGUUAGCUAGCUAAACAAUGAACCAUAAUCCCAACCCAUAGCUACAGUACAAACAGAUUGGCAUAGCUAGCCACCAUCCAUGAAAUGCUGGAGUAUGAAUCUGCAGGUACACAGCUAACCAACUAGGUUCAAUGUUAACUAGCUAGCUAGCUAACAUUAGGCUAUAACUAGCAAUGCAAAUUGAUUUUCUGAGAUAAAAAUAAUAUUACUACACAGAUCAUACACGUAAUGUCAGCUAGCGAGGCACCAAGCUAACUUUCGCAACCUAGCGAACAGUCCGCUUUAACUUGCAAUGAAAACGACUUUCUGAUAAAAUUUGAAAAGUAUAAUAUCUGAAAAUGUAGCUAGACUCUUACCCGUAUACAUGGAUGAACGCUUCACGGCAGCGUGUCUUUUCCGUUUGGUUUGUAGCUAGCUACAGCUUGUUUGGCCCGGUGUUGUGUCAAGUCACUCCGGUCAACCAUGUGCAGAAAAUAACGUUAGUCCAUCACAACUUUUUUCCCAUUGAUCUUUGUCAGUAGCGCCUGCUAAAUUCUGCAGUUCACAAUGGCUAACAUUAUAUCUUUCAAAAAAGCCGCAGUAGCAAGGAUUAUCUACACAUACUGAGCAGCUCAUGUUAUAGACAAAUGCGUGUUACAUGCAGACCAAUCCGAACUCAUCUUUCGGCAUGUUCAGCCCAGCCAUUAUCUCAGCCAAUCAUGGCUAACGGGAGGGUUCCUGUCUUUUUCCUUGGCUAAACCAACUAGGCUCUUAAUUUAACCAUUUUAUUUGUAUUUACAGAUGGCAUACAAGUUUGUUAUUAAGGCACAUGAAAGUUCAAAUAUUCCAGAAGGCAUUUCAGCCAACAAACGCAUAAAAAAUAAAUAAAUAAAAUCUUAAAAUGUCUCUCCUGUGAAGUAGUGGCGUGCGACAUACGCCUUGCUUCUUGAAACGGGUCACAUUUGUAAAACACCAAAAAAAGACGUUGCCCGUGCUGGGGUGUAGCAAUGGAAUUUUAUGAAUGCCCAUAGAUUGCAUGAAUGCCCAUGGAUGUGGUAGCCCUACCAUUUGUAAAACAGGCUGUUGCAUUGGCUUUAUUAGUCCUGAUUCCUGUGACUAAUCAAUUUGUCUAUUUAAGCUCUGAAUAUCAGCUACCCAACUUUAUCAGGAGGAGUUAUCCUGAGCAUAUUUGCAAUGUGUUUACACAGCGGGAAAUGCAGAAGUAUUUGUAUUUAUUUUUCGCUAUGAUCAGCUCGUAAAAAAUUGACAGAUACAUACUUGAAACCACUGAUCAUGACAAUUUAGCCCACGGGAUGACAAGACAGCAGUUGUGAGUAGCCUGAUUGUCCAUUCCAUAUUGUCCAUUUUACUUUGACCUGUCCUGUUUUUAGGAUAUGUUGUUUGUUAACAUGUCCGCUAAUUUUUUAUUUGAUUCGGUGUCAUUUAGGUAAGGCUAUUGUCAUACAUUUUAUCUCCAGCCUGUAGGCUACAGAAAAGGGCCCAUACUCAUUCUACCAUAUGCUAUAUCUGCUAUAUGAUUUAUGUUAGAUUCGUUCUUUGAUGGAAUGUUGGUGGAGCGCUGCAGUGAUGCGUCUCUCCAACAGCACACUGGAGAUGCACGCUGGAAAUGGACAUGAUAAAUAUUUUGCAUCCCUUUCUUUGACAAAGUGGGCACUGCUUAUCACAGGGCGGCAUCAGCGCUCACUUAAAAAGCCCACAUGCCACUGGUUGAGAGAAAUGGUCUGUUUUUGGGCAGAAUUAUGGGAGGUUUUAUGUGUUGUUGGAGGUGCGUCUUGGUCAGUUUAGCUCAGAAAAUGCCGCCCUUGUCAAUCUGCCGCCAUGUCAGAGCCAAUCAUAUCGUUACAGUUUUCUUAUUGGCCCCUUUUUACCAUCCUUACAUAAACCAAUAGAGAUGCCCAUGCGGCCUGUGAGUAUUUAUUGGGGAAGGGGGGGGAUGUCAUCCAACCUGUUCUAUUUAAUUGAAGUAACAGCAGGGUUGCCUUUGCACAUAGUUUGGGAUGUACUGGAGCCUUUAACCUCCUGUUAGUUAUGAUCAUAAACACAGUGGAUUAGCAUGAUAGUAGAGCUGGGAGAUAUGGACAAAAAUCCAUAUCACGAUAAAUUCACUGAAUUAUAACGAUAACUGUGCACCACAGUUAUGUUGUUUAUAUUACCCUUAAAACUACUACUACUACUUUGAAUGAUGUAGCUAUCAAUUGUCCCAUUAACAAUCACCCAUAUUAGCAAACUUUCGUUUAAUUUCAAACUUCACAUUUCUCUAGUAGGGUUAUUUAUUUAAAGAGGUUAUUUAUCGUAAUGAACGAUAUCAAUAAAAUGUCCACGAUAAGUGGUUGGUUUGGUUGGUGUCGAUAAUUUUCAGUUUAUCUUCCCAGCUCGACAUGACUGCCUCCAAAAAUAUUAGCCUACACGUUUCAAACAUAUAAACUGAAAAUAAGACCCUGUGCUUUGUUUUUACAUACCCAAUCAAGCAUGUUUUUUUUUAGCAAGGAAGCUUGUUUACUCUGUACCUCUAGAAAUACCAUUAAGCCUAGUUCAGAAAUAAUUAGAAAUCAUAAACAUUUUGAGAUUUUUUUAUGAUGGCUCUGUAAUAGCAAAGACUGAACAUAGUUUGCUGUCCUCUCUCAAAUGCAAUGCUCUGGUAAUUCUGGUGUCACAUAAGGAUUGUCCAAGUUUUCGAUGUCCAAGUUCUCCUAUUAUACAAUUGCUCAUCCAAGGGUAAAAUAAACCCUUGUCCUGAUCAACCCCAUAGUGUCAUGCAUGCUGCUUUUGAUAACUAUAUGCUGCUCCUGUGGAUGAAGGCCAAGUGGUAUUUGUUUUGUGUGGCAGUGAUUUCUUCAUGGCCCGCUACCUGGAGGACCAGGACAUCCGGAACAGAGAGAAGGAGAAUCAGCCACCUAGUGUGUCUGUGCCUGAGCCGUCCCCUCCCACCGCACCCCCCAAAGACAAGAAGGGUGGAGACAAAGGUAACGAACCUCACCCCUGGGCCAGCCUGCCAGAUAAUCUGACAUCACAUCAUAUUACCACUGGAUGCUUUUCUUUCAAAACAUUAGCUUGUUCUCGAUAAAAUACAGCAGAGGGACCAUGUGUAUGUUUGAAUUAUGCAUAAAGAAAUGUGCUCGUGCUCAGAGGUCAUGUGCAGGUUAAGUGUUCCUCUGAAGUUUCCACCUGGGAGACACAUUGAGAGGUGUUAUUUUAAGAGCUCUGCCAGUAUUCGGUCUGAGCUCCACAGAGAAGUCUCGGUUGAAGCGCUGGUCCAAUGCACUCAUGUCUCUUACUUAUUUCCGUAGUGGUCCCCCUGUGGUAAACCGUCUCCUCCUCCCCUCUCUAGUGACAGAUAAAGCCCACUGUGUGUUGUAAAAGAGUCCCUGUGGGAGGCCUGGCCUCUCAGACAGUCACUGUGGGAAAUUAUUCUUCCUCUCAAGUUGUGUAACAACAUUGAGGCAGAUAAAGUUUGUUUCUGGUUUUCCAGGCAAAAAAGGCAACAGCACAGAGAAGCCCAUCCCGCCUCCAGAGCCCUCAGAGCUGGUCGUGCCUGGCUGCAUGGCCAUUGGUUCAGUGUCCUUGGCUGUGGCCAAGACUGGGGCUCUACUACAAUGCAUCCCCCUGUACAAGUACAUCAAAUCUCUGACAAACCAACAAGUCAGUGAGCCCCCCUUUCAACACGCACACCUGCACACACAGAAAUACACCAUGCAAUGUGACGUAGGUCAUUGAUCAGGAAUGAUAGGCCUAAAGGCAGAUACUAUAUGUGUGGGUGUAGGGCGGCUCUUUCAUCUAGUUGUCAUACAAAACAUGUAGGUCGUUUUUUUUUUUAAGUGUCAGAAGCGCUGACUAAGAUUAUUGACCAUCUUCUCUUGACUCGGCCAUAUAAUGUCCAAAAUCUGCUACUGUAACUAAAGUGUUCAUUAAUACCUCACCAAGUCUUUUAAGUCUCACUAUGCUUUUUCUUUACUUUAACAGCCGUGUCCAAAAGAGAUGCACAUCCCCGUCCCCUUGGUAACUUUGUUGAGCUGUGGCAAGAUGUCCCCAGGAAAACUCAAUUUACUGGAGGAGGUCAUUGUCAUCCCUAAAGCUGGACAAAGACUCAAACAAGUAUUGACACUCACAACCACAACAUCCUUUCAGCUUUUAUUCUCCCAUUUCAAGUUACACACUUUGUCCUCGAUGUGCCCAGUAUUACAGGGAGAGUCUAUCAAAACUCAGGUUUAUUCUUUGUGUUUUAUCUGGACACUUAUAUUUAAGAAAUUUAGCAGACGCUCUUAUCCAGAGCGACUUACAGUAGUGAGUGCAGACAUUCGUACUGGUCCCCUGCUUGAAUCGAACCCACAACACUGCCGUUGCAAGUGCCAUGCUCUACCAACUAAGCCACACACGACCAUACAGGACUAAUUGAAUACUAGUCUUGAGAGUGUCGAGGUUAAGUCAACCAAUGUUCCUGAUUGUUUUCAAACAUAGCACAUUUUCUCUGCCAAGCUUUGGUAUUACAUAGUUUAAAGAAACAUUUAUCUUAAACAGUCUGUGAACUCCCCCAACAGAUCAUUACAAUGGUCCUUGAGCUUCAAAAGGAGAUGAUGAAAAUAAUGAACACUGCUUCAAAAACAGGGGUAAGGAACAUUGCGGCAGAUCCUUGUAUAGUGGAUCUACUGUACAGUAUAGGGUGCUAUUUGUCGCACAGUUGAGUCAGGGUCUACAGUACAUGUUGUUUUUCCUACUCUACCUUCUAGAAAACAAAGCAAAUACAUUUAGGUGGUUAUAGAUAUGUUACCUUUUUAUUUAUUUCUAAGACUGAAUAUAUAUUACUUUUUACAACUUUUGUUGUGUUACAGCCUGAAUUGAAAAUGGAUUAAAUUGACGUUUUAUGUCACUGGCCUACACACAAUACCCCAUAAUGUCAAAGUGGAAUUAUAAUUUUAGCAUUUUUUUUACAAAUUAAUUAAAAAUGAAAAGCUGAUAUGUCUUGAGUCAAUAAGUAUUCAACCCCUUUGUUAUAGAAAGCCUAAAUAAGUUCAGGAGUAAAAAUCUGCUUAACAAGUCACAUAAGUUGCAUGGAUUCACUUUGUGUGCAAAAAUAGUUUUUAACGUGAUUUUUGAAUGACUACUUCAUCUCUGUACCCCACACAUACAAUUAUUUGUAAGGUCCCUCAGUCGAGCAGUGAAUUUCAAACACAGAUUGAACCACAAAGACCAGGGAGGUUUUACAAUGCCUCGCAAAGAAGGGCACCUAUUGGUAGAUACAUAAAAAUAAACAGACAUGGAAUAUCCCUUUGAGCAUAGUGAAGUUAUUAAUUACACUUUGGAUAAUGUGCACCCAGUCACAACAAAGAUACAGGCGCCCUUCCUAACUCAGUUGCUGGAGAGGAAGGAAACCGCUCAGGGAUUUCACCAUGAGGCCAAUGGUGACUUUAAAAUGGUUUAAAAAAAAUAAGCAAACACGUUUGGUGUUCACCAAAAGGCAUGUGGGAGACUCCCCAAACAUAUGGAAGAAGGUACUCUGGUCAGAUGAGACUAAAAUUGAGCUUUUUGGACAUCAAGGAAAACGCAAACCCAACACCUCUCAAUUCCAAUGUAAGGCAACAAAAUAGGAAAAAUGCCAAUACUUUCGCAAGCCACUGUAUCUAAUUAAGUAAGCAUUUCACUGUAAUGUCUGCACCUGUUGUAUUCGGCGCAUGUGGCCAAUAAAAUUUGAUUUGAUUUGAUUAAAUUAAGAUAUAUUAGUGUUUUUUUUUUUUUUUUUUUUUUUUUUUUACAGAUGUUAUAAUCGUUCUUCCACUAUGACAUUACAGAGUAUUUUGUGUAAGUCCUUGACAAAAAAUGACAAUUAAACCCAUUUUAAUCCCACUUUGUAACACAACAAAAUAUGGAAAAAAUCAAGGGGUGUGAAUACUUUAUGAAGGCACUGUAUACAUUACAUGAAAACUUCAAUCAAUUCAAUGCCGUCUGUUUAUGGUUAAGCACUAGUUGCACUAUCAAACUGCAAAGAUGAUCCAGCACUCUCCACAGAUAUAGGUAUAUUAUUAACGAUUCACUUUGUGUACAUUUAUGAUGGCUGACUAAACAUUCCUUCUCUCUUUCCAGCCUGUACUGCCAACAGUGUCUGACUCUGGAGCCUUAGUUGUUGGGUAUGAGCGUCCUGAGCAGCCUCUAGAUCUAAUUACUGAAGCAUCUAACAAUCUUGGAUUGGCACUUGGAAAGGGGAUCCAUUUGGCAGUAAACUGUGCUGCUCACAACCUAAUGGACUAUGUAUGUAAACAGAAUGUUUAAACAUGAAGAGUGUGCCCUUGCACAAUGAGUACAAUUAUAUUUAUUAAUUCUAUCUUUGCUCCUCUACAGCCAAAAGGAAAGUAUGAAGUUAUUACAGGAACACCCAAGUCUCCUGAUGAACUAGUGGACAUGUAUGAGGCUUUGAUUAGUAAAUACCCAGCGGUCGUAGCCCUGAUCGAUCCUCUGCGAAAAGAGGUAAGACGUGAACACAGCUCCGAACACAAUACCGCAGUAAACGAAAGACGUGUUGGUGAGUACAGAUGUGCUUGUAGAAACUCAUGGUGUGUGACCCCUGUGUAAGGAUGUGGAGCAGUGGGAGAGACUGAGCAGUGUGGUUGGAGCCUCGUGUAGCCUGCUCUCUGACAUCUCCUCCAAGCCCCAGUGUCACAGCACACGGGAUGAUGCCCCAUCUCUUCCAGGGGUCAGAGGGUAUAUACUCAAUCAGAGCAAUGAGACCACAGUCACCGACCUGAUCCAUGUCACCACAGAGAACAAA